AUGGAUGGACGAAUAGACGCGAUACACAGCGUUCAGGUCAUGGCUGGGACCAAGCAAGGGGCCGACUUUGACCUUUCACCUGAACAUGUCCACACGAGCUAUCUCCUCAAAACUUUUCAGAAUAAUACCAAGAAUACGUCCUUUGACUCCAAAGGUUGUGAGAAGCGUGCAACUUUCCCAUCGACAAAUUUUACAACUUCCCCCAAGAAGUUACCCAGACAGAAGCAACUUCCUUGCUCGAGCAUGGAACCAAGCUCCUCGAAGAAGGAGACAUCGAAGGCGCUCUCAAGAGCUAUGCCCGCAGUGUUGAAAUCAACAGGACAGCAAGUGGGCUGUUCAAUCUUGGUGUCACGCAUUACCAUCUUAGUAAAUCUUUCAUACGAGCGCAUUCAAGUACUAACAAGCCUCAAGAGCAGUUCGACAAAGCAAUUGAAUGUUGGAAGGCGGCAAUCGAAAUUGACCCUGCAUCUGCUGAUGCGCACACCACAAGUGCAUACAUUAUGUCCCCACCCUCACGGCCUCAAUUGGCACUGGAGCAUCUCCAGUAAGAACAGUAGCAACACUUGUGGCAGCUUACUGAAUAAGGUUACAAGAAUAGCCGCAUCUCUUGCUCCCGAGGAUGGUGAAAUUGCCUUUAAUUUAGCAGCUGUCUUGGAAGCUUGUGGACAACUGGAAGCUGCAUUGGUGCAGUAUAAAAGAAGUCUCGAAUUCAAUGUUGAGCGCGCUGAACAGAAUAUCCGUAAUGUCAGCGCAAAGAUAUUCGGGCAACGGCUAAAAGCCGCAGGCGAGGACCAAACGUCGCCAGGCAGCGGCGAAGCCAACAACAAGAAGGUGUCUUCAUAG